AUGGCGGGGGCUGGAGGACCUCAUGUCCCGCAUAUGAGAAACAGGAUGCCAUGGGUGAAUGCGCGAACUGUUAGGAGGUGCUACAGAGAUCAGUCGCUGACUUCCCAUGUGAUUUGGAGCAAAUCACUGCCCAUAAAACAAGGACGGCCACAGGGACAUGGUGGUACUACAGUGCUGAAUACAGAAAAGCCAACAGUAAUAGACAAUACAUUACAACCAGAGCUGCCACUAUACAACUUCAACUGUGCCUUUGGCUGGGGAUCCCAAAAGACUUUGUGCCACUGGGAGCACGACAACCAGGUGGAUUUAAAAUGGGCAAUCCUGACCAGCAAAACUGGGCCAAUUCAAGACCACACAGUAGGAGAUGGCAAUUUCAUUUACUCGCAAGCUGACGAAAGCCAGAAAGGGAAAGUCGCCCGACUGCUGAGCCCCGUGAUUUACUCACAGAACUCUGCCCACUGCAUGACUUUCUGGUACCACAUGUCCGGCGCACACGUCGGCACCCUGAAGAUCAAACUGCGGUACCAAAAGCCAGACGAGUACGACCAGGUGCUGUGGACCCUGAGCGGGCACCAGGCAAACUUCUGGAAGGAAGGACGUGUUCUUCUUCACAAGUCUGUGAAACACUAUCAGGUGGUCAUUGAGGGAGAAAUUGGAAAAGGAACUGGAGGAAUUGCUGUGGAUGAUAUUAAAAUUGACAAUCAUGUAGCACAAGAGGAUUGCCGAAAAUCAACUGAUGUGGAGAAUGAAAUAGAUGAAGAAGAAGACCCAGAAAGUAAUCAAACAGGGUUUACGCCUCCAUACCAUACAGGCGAGCACUAUGAUGAUAACAUCUCCAGGAAACCAGGCAACGUCCUGAAGACCCUAGAUCCGAUCCUUAUUACCAUCAUAGCCAUGAGUGCACUUGGGGUGCUUUUAGGAGCCAUCUGCGGAGUUGUCCUGUACUGUGCCUGUUGGCACAAUGGGAUGUCAGAGAGGAACUUGUCUGCACUGGAGAAUUACAAUUUUGAACUGGUCGAUGGUGUAAAACUGAAAAAAGAUAAACUAAACACACAGAAUUCAUACUCGGAAGCAUGAAGGUAUAAAGCGACUGGAGAAGUUUCAGAGAAUCGGGAUGGAAGGACAUAGCUCGGUCGUGCUGGGGAACUGUUGAUCUUCUUUUACUGUACAGGCUGAAAAGUGCAUUGAUGACACUGAGCCAAGCUUUUCUCAGGAGCUUCAAUGAGUGUGUAACUGAUAAACAUGGACAACAAUCUGUGUUAACAAUCUGAAUCAUGUACAGUCUGCUUUUUCUGUUGGUUUUAUUUGAAAUAAUCAAAUGCUGGUGUUGAGACCAAGUAUGAUUGACUUAUAGUUCAUUUUGCCUUUCUUUCUCUCCCUCUCUUUUCUUUUCUGUUAAUGGAUAAUUUUUUUUUUACUGUGCAAAAUCCAAGAUGCUGUCACAAAAUGUAUUCAGUGGGGUCCUUUGGAUGGACAUGCUGUCUGUAGCUCAGUGCCCAGAAAAUAUUGGAGUAACAGCAAUUUAGUGGACUCCUGCACCUGUAUUUGUGUAUAAUUGCUCGUGUUGUGCAUAGGCAAAGAAGGGUUAGGAUGUUUUUGAAAGUACUGCUGCAUCAGUACCGAUAUAGUGUGUCAGCUCUGUUUACGAAGCAAUACAGUCAAAUUUUAUCGAUGUUUUUCAGUGUUGUACUAAAUUUUGUGCUUGUGAACUCCAUAAAAGAGUAUGUGCCAUCAUCAGACACAACUGGUAACCGAGUGUACUGCCUAAAAACUAAACAAAAAAGUCCUUGGCACUGGCUAGUGUAUGUCCUCUCAAGUGCCUUUUUGUUUGUACUGCUUCUCAUUGUGUUAACAUUAACUACAGCUCUGCUUCUCUGCAGUUAUGCCCUUGUCUUUAAUCAUACUCUGAUGGCUCACUGACUAAAAGAAAAGUAUAUUUUAGUGUAAGAAAGUAGCCGCAGCAAGGCAAGGGCUAAUCAGAUUUGACAACCUGGCUCGAUUGUUCUGCUUUCUGUAUUUCAACUUCAUGUCUCUUGACCCUUUUGUAUAAAGCUGCAAUAUCCCCUUUUAUUGUUCUUUCAUAUAGAAUGUAUUUUCAAAUGUAAAAUCUCUUUCCCUUUCUCUUCUCUUCUCUUCCUCUCUCUCUUUCUCUCUCUGAGUAGAUUGCAUAAGCAUUUGCCAUUGCCAAGGAAAGAAAACUGCAGCUUUAACUUGCUGGUAAUGGCAAAGGAUUUAUUAGAGUUUGUGUUAAAAAAUAAGGGAAAAUUCUUAACUUUACCCUCCAAAGUCGAACUUUGGGUUUCUUCUUAACAGCAUAAAGUGACAGUAUCUUUUUUCCUGAAGUCAUGAAACAUGUCUUUUUUCCUGAACAGCUUGCCUGUUAAUUACGCUAGGGAAAAUAAUUCGCUUACUGAAAGAUUGCCUUUAAAAUGAGAAACUUUCCUCCUCUUGCCCCUACCUGAACCCAGAGUUCUGUUCUCUGAGUAAAUGUGUAUUUUCAUG